GUAUGCAAAAAAAAACGCCAUUAGAUAGACAAUAAGUUUUAGAGAUGUUUUUCUAACCAAAUUAUGAGUUUGCAUAAUCACUUCUUAAAAGCCAUUAAUUCUCAUUCUAACAAUUGCCUACGGUUGAAGAAAUUAAUUCUAUAUUAAAUUCUGUGGAAAAGGCCUACAAUAGUAAAAGAGGAACAUGGACUCCUUGUUAAGAUAAAUUCCUAAACUUGUUGGUGUUAGGUACUUGCUUGAAAAACAAAGAAAUUCCUAUCGAACUAGUAAAAUAUUUAGAAUUAUUCGUUCAUAGAGUUCCUAUUAAUGGGAAUAAAUAUCAAGGAUGUUUAGAUAUCAUAAUUGGAAGGCUUGUAGAAAUAGAUGGUUGGAAGAAUGUCAUUAAAAGGUAAGUUGGACACCUUCUGAGGAUUAAGUCUUAAUUUAAUUACAGAAAUUACAUCCAAAUAAAUGGUGUGAGAUUGCAAUAGAAAUGAUGAGGAUUUGUAAAACACCUUAUAUUCGUUAAGGAAAACAAUGUAGAGAUCGUUGGGUGAAUAAAUUGGAUCCAAAUAUUGUCAAGUAUUAAAUAAUGUUAAAUAUUCAUAGUCUUCCAUGGACAAAGGAGGAAGAGUUAAAACUAUUUAGGGAAAUAGAGAAAAGAGGAAAGAGAUGGGCAGAAAUUUCAUUGAAGGUAUUUAAGUUAAAAAGAACAGAAAAUACAAUUAAAAACAGAUAUUAUAAUUUAUUAAAAUAAGAGGAAAAUAAAAUUAAAUUAAGCAGAGUAACUAAAGAUGAAAAGAAUUAAAUCUUAGUCAAAUCUAUUAUAUAAUAACUUGAAUAAUAAGUCAAUUGUAAAUUUCCUAUAAAAAAUGAAGAAACAGUAGAAUAAGAAAAUCAAUAAUACAAUUUCUAAAUUUUUGAUUGCAAUUAAAUAGAAGAACCUUUACAAUUAAUUUGUUUUGUUAAAAGAAAGAUUGUUAAAUUAAAUGAAAUAUGA